AUGACGAACUUGGCUAAGCUUGAAUAUGCUGCCCUGGACAUUACUGGGAAGAAUUACCUUACUUGGGUACUUGAUACCAAGAUCCAUCUGGAAGCAGGGAAUCUUGGAGAUACCAUCAGGGAAGAAAGCAGCUCAUCUUCUCAAAAUCGGGCGAAGGCUAUGAUCUUUAUUCGCCGCCAUCUUGAUAAGGCACUAAAGAGUAAGUACUUAACGGUUGAAGAUCCGUUAGCUCUCUGGGAGGCCUUGCGAAGCAGAUAUAAUCACCAGACAACGGUGAUUCUUCCAAAAGCUCGCUAUGAGUGGUCUCACCUGAGAAUUCAGGAUUUCAAAUCAGUGGCGGAGUACAAUUCUGCGUUGUUCAGGAUUACCUCUCAGAUGAAGCUCUGUGGGGAUACCAUUACUGAUGAAAUAUUGCUGGAAAAGACUUACAGCACAUUUCAUGCCAAUAACGUGCUCCUGCAGCAGCAGUAUAGAGUGCGAGAAGUAAAUGCUACUUCCCUCGAAGUGAACGCCACAUCCUCUGGUGGUAAUUAUCAUAAACAAGGACGUGGCCACAAACGAGGUCGAUGGAAUAGGAAAAGCAAGAACCAUGGUGGUCAGUUUCACAACCAGGUUCAGAGGCAUAAUUCUGGCCCGAGCUUUAAGAAUGUGAAUCGUCACAAAGGCAAAGCUAACAUGACCAAUGCUCCCAGGAACUCUGAAGGAGCCUGCCAUAGGUGUGGUGGCAAUGGGCAUUGGGUGCGAACUUGUCGUACCCCAAAACAUCUGGUGGAGUUGUAUAAAGCCUCCCUCAAGAAGAAGGGUGUCGAGACCAAUUUUCUCGACCAGGCUAAACCAAUGGAUAUACCUGAUCCAGUGUUUGAUUUAUCAAGGCAAUUUGACGCAACUCACCUAGAUGUUUCAGACUUCAUUAUGGAAAGGGGGAAUGAAGUAUAUCGGUCCGACUAA